AUGUCGACGGCGACGGCGGCCAUGCCGCGAUCGCAUUCGUCGGGAGAGCAGCGGCGCGAGGGCAGCUUCAUCCUGUUCGAGAACUUGGGCGGAGGUGCCCAGGCCAUGCUCAAGCGCGACGACGUCCUGCCGCCCACCUCCACCACCUCCUCGCCCACCGUCUCGCGCAAACAACAACAACCAUCAUCGUCGUCGUCAUCACCCGCGCCAUCACUGUCGCCGCGAUCAUCGUCAUCGUCGUCGGGUGCCAAGUCGCCGCGCUCGGCCGCCAACGGAUCGUCGGCGUCGCUGCCGGUGCGCAAGGGGCGCGCCCACCGCACGUCACUUGCCACGGCCACCUCCGAGUUCCUCGUCGCCCAGCGCCCCGAGGGCGGCGCCGACUGA